GCCGUUGCGCGAUCAAUGGCCGAGUGUCCGUGCUCGCCUUCACACGUGCGAACAGUAGUCAGUAGUGCCGUCAACAAUAAGUGACAGUGGCAUGCAGUGUUAGUGCAGUGCCCAAAGGCUGUAUGCACUCGAGUGUGACUGUGAACAGGUGCACCGCUUUCGAGCUGGAUCAUCCCGGGGGUUUUGCAUCUUCGCCCUGGGCGGCUGUCUUGGGGCACCACUCGGCUGCUGCCGCUGCCGCCGCAGCAGCCGCUGGCACCAUGAUGCAGACUGGAGACCACCACGGCUAUGGGGCCUCGCACCAUACACCCCCAGGCCCCAUGGACCUGCACAUGCCGCAGGCAUUUCCCUACUAUCGGUAUAGAGAAGAAGCCUUGUGUUGGCCCGAGCGGAAACCAUCGGCCGACGACGUGGGCAACCCCUCUUCGGUGAACGCACGAUCAUGGAAAGGUGACUUCUUUGCGGGAACUGGCAAUAUCCUAGAGCUCAGGAAAGAAAAGAGCAGAGAUGCUGCACGUACAAGAAGAGGAAAAGAAAACUAUGAAUUCUACGAACUAGCCAAAAUGCUUCCACUUCCACAAGCUAUAACCUCACAAUUAGACAAAGCCAGUAUUAUACGUUUAACGAUAUCAUAUUUAAAACUUAGGGAUUUCUCUGGACAUGGAGAUCCGCCAUGGAACAGAGACAGCCCACCUCCAAAUAAAACGCUAAAAACUUCCAGAAGUCGAUCCGCCAGUAGCAUGGAGAUGAACUCCUUCGAACAGUACCAGGGGACUCACAUCUUACAGGCUUUGGACGGUUUCGCACUAGCCCUAGCAGCUGACGGGCGUUUCCUGUACAUUUCGGAGACGGUGUCGAUAUAUCUAGGACUUUCGCAGGUGGAAAUGACGGGAAGUAGUGUCUUCGACUAUAUCCAUCAUCAAGAUCACAAUGAACUGGCCGAGCAGCUUGGAUUAGGGCUAACUCAAGGCCAAAACUUACCAUCACCAGGCAGUGGUUCAGAGGAGAGUUCAUCCACAGCAGGGACGAACAAUCCCGACGUGUCUACAAUCAUGAGCCUGGGGAGCAACGCACAGUACAAAGGAUACGAUAGAGCAUUUUGUAUUAGAAUGAAAUCUACUUUAACCAAAAGAGGCUGUCACUUCAAAUCAUCUGGUUACAGGGUUGUUUUGAUGCUAUGUAGACUGAGGCCACAGUACACCUUCUCACAUUCAAGAAAAUCUCAACCGCCACUUCUUGGAAUGGUAGCAGUAGCUAUAGCGCUACCACCACCAAGCGUUCACGAAAUUCGACUUGAGACAGACAUGUUCGUAACCAGAAUCAACUUCGAUUUCCGAAUAGCCCAUUGCGAACCAAAGGUUUCUGAACUUUUGGACUACACGCCUGAAGAACUGACUGGAAAAAACCUUUAUUCCUUGUGCCAUGGAGAAGAUGCCAAUAAACUGAGAAAAUGUCACAUAGACUUAAUAAAUAAGGGGCAAGUGCUCACGCACUAUUAUCGAUUGAUGAACAAGAAUGGAGGAUAUACUUGGGUACAAACUUGCGCCACUGUUGUAUGCAACUCGAAGAACGCGGAAGAGCAGAACAUCAUCUGCGUCAACUAUGUCAUCAGUGGCCGCGAGUACGAGAACAUGGUGAUGGACUGCUGCCAGAUGGAGGAGAACAACCACCACGUGAAACGGGAGGAGGCGAACAGCAACGACCCGGAAAAUGGGUCACCCGAUGCCGAUCGUGGAGAUGGCCGGAACAGCGGAGGACCACCCAAUCCACCUCAGGACCCGAAGCAGCCGCCCAAUCUGGAAGACAGCGCCGGCCCAGCUCCGGGAUCUGCAGGUAACGCGGACGACAAUGGGGAGCUUCGAACCAGACGGUUGGAACACAUCCAGGUGACGCAGCUGCAGAGCAAUGCCGCAGACCAGAGGAAGCAGAUCGGACCGCAAAGAGGCACCAAACGGAAGAACGGAUCCUCGGACGAGGAUGAGAUUGAAGAGCACCACUCGCCAUCCUUGAGGAACAACGUGAUCAGCCCCGCUUCAUCGUCGUGCCACUCGACGGGUGGCAACCACCCCAUCAGUGAUUCAACAGAUACCAGUCCUAAGAAUCUGGAAGAACGUGCCAAUAGUGGAACGUCCGUUAAAGAUUUAGAGCACGCCAUGUCGAAGCAUCUGCCUGUCUGCAAGUCACCCUCCCACCAACCGACGGAUUUCAGUACAGACGCUCUGUUGAAGCAGCAGCAGAAAACAACAAUACAGUGGAUUGGGACCCACCACCAACAGCUUCAACAGCAGAGUCCUCUUCCAGCUUCCGCACUUCUACGGCAGCUGUACGCGAACAGGGAGAGUGUAAUACGCGCGAAUGUUCAUGGCAUCACUAGUUCAACUGGACGUUCAAAUAGUUCUUCGACAAAUUACUAUUCGUCCGAUGGACAGGUGGGCGUUGGACCUCUUCCAACUCCUCCCAGUGAAGGUUCAUCAUCUUACAGCGAACACCAAUUCUUAUUAUCUCAACACCAGAACUAUCCAGGUGGAUAUUCAAUGGAUUAUCAUUCAGCAAUGACCCCUCCGUCCAGUGUGUCUCCUAGAGACAAACAUCAACAAUUGCACAGUUCUGUGCCUUUUGACACAGCAAUGCCAUAUCAAGAUGUCUUAAGGCAUCAAUACCCAGAUAGUCCUCUUCCACUGAAGCCGCAGGUGUAUUCUUACGUUGAUCAACCACAGUUCUACCACCAUGGCGCGACAGCGCCUGGUUUCCACCUCUAUCACCCUAGUAAAAGUACACCUGCAGCUCCAGCGAAUUGGUAUUCCCCCUCAUAGUGUAUAUAAUACGAUUGAGCAGAGUGAAUUCUGACCACGUUCCUUAUAAACUCUUUGUGAACGAUUUCUAAUUGUUGAUAUUCCGGUAUUACUUUGCUGCUAGUGUAAUGUUGGUAUUCUGUUAUUGUAUUUUUUAAUGCAAAAUGUAGUCGGCAAAUAACGAAAAUGCUCGUUCAACUACUCCUAAACCAAAGAUGAUGCAAUUCUGAGAUAUAAGACUGCGUUUUGUUAGAUACAUUAUUAUAACAAUAAAUGCUGUUGCAUAUCAAUUUUAAAAAAGUAAUGCUUUCAUAUUUCUCAGGAUUGUUCGAUAUUCACAUCAUUAUCAAUUGUAAAAUAAGGUGGAAACACAUUGUGUAUUAUAAAGGAGGCAUUUCUUCCAUAAAUUUUUAAUUGUUUGUGUCGAGUACACUUUAACACUAUGGAAAAUAAAGCAUCUAUACAAGAAACUUUGGAAUAUUUAAUAAUUUCUUUUGCAUUUUUAACAGCGUGCUAAAGUGAACUUCCACCAAAAAUUUUAUCAUUUAAUUUUUUAUCCAUACUGAAAAGCUAUUAGAGCAACAUACCGGCUAGAAUAUAAAAUGUAAAUAAUUGAAUGUAUGUAUGUUAUUCCUUUCGUUGGGCAUAGGUGACACUGAAAAAUGUUUUUAUUUGAAAUUAACACAGAAAUAGAGCUGAUGGAGCAGAAGUCCAAGUAACUACUGAAAUCUUAUGUUUUGAAAAUAUCAGCUAAGCUUAUGAAUAACCUGAAGACUUAUUCCAAAUGCUUUCAAUUUUCUGUUCAUUCCAAAGAAUUUUUCAGGAUUCAGUUCAGGACCCAUCGGAUCCAUGCUCGACUGUACGAUCGUAAAAAGGUGCUGACAAUGUAGAAAUGUGAUAUUUUCUUUAAUUUGUUACUUUACUUGUUCCAGAUAUUAGAAUUAGUUGUGUUAUGUUGUCACAUAGUGUGCAGUACAAAUUUAACAAAUGAACUACAGCUUCAUGGAUAUGUAGCAUACAUAUUUAUGUGCAAUAUAUACUUAAUUUGAAUUUCAUUUAAAAUCAUGUAUCAUCUAUCUAUUAUAUUGGCAUUUUUAUGUUAUUUCUGUAUAAUUUCCAUUUUGAUCAGAUUAAGGAAUAAUAAUGUCACACAUUUUUGAUGUAUGUACAGCAAAUAUACUUAAUUAAUCUUUUACUUUUCAAUAUAUUCGAAAUUUCUACCUCAAUCUUUUCAAAAUGUAAAAAACUGACAGGUAAUUUAUUCUUCACUAUUUAUUAUGUUGCUUUCGACGUUUGUAAAAUCCGUUCUGAACAUCACCGACUUAUUGGUAUUGUUCUGAAAUAAAUUACUUGAAAAAUUAUGAAUACGA